GUUUAGUCCUACACUGCAUCCUCAGCACCAGUUUGGAGUGAUUUCACACAAGGUCAUCUGCCUUCUCUGUGCUGCUGUUUGUCAUUGACCAAAACUUCAAGUAGCAGCCAGUUUUCUAGACAACAUGCCCUUGCGAAGUUCUGGCAAGCUGGGCAUGGAGACCAGAAAAGAUGGUGAGAGUACAGCCCCUGCUCCUCCCCAGAAGAAGCUGUCCUGCCAGUGCCACCACCACUGCCCUGAGGACUCAGUCAACAGCACCUGCAGCACUGAUGGCUACUGCUUCACCAUCAUAGAAGAAGAUGAGUCCGGUGGACAUUUGGUCACCAAGGGAUGUCUUGGAUUAGAGGGCUCGGACUUCCAGUGUCGGGACACUCCCAUUCCACACCAAAGAAGAUCUAUUGAAUGUUGCACAGGCCAAGAUUACUGUAACAGACACCUUCACCCUACACUGCCACCACUGAAGAAUAGAGACUUUGCUGAAGGAGACAUUCACCACAAGGCCCUGCUGAUUUCAGUGACUGUUUGCAGCAUCCUUCUGGUGCUUAUCAUCAUAUUCUGCUACUUCAGGUACAAGCGCCAAGAGACGAGGCCCCACUACAGCAUCGGGCUGGAGCAGGAUGAGACCUACAUUCCCCCCGGAGAGUCCCUGAAGGAUUUGAUCGAGCAGUCCCAGAGCUCAGGGAGCGGCUCCGGGCUCCCUCUCCUGGUUCAAAGGACCAUUGCAAAACAGAUUCAGAUGGUGAAGCAGAUUGGAAAAGGGCGCUAUGGAGAAGUCUGGAUGGGAAAGUGGCGUGGUGAAAAGGUAGCAGUGAAAGUGUUUUUUACUACAGAGGAGGCCAGCUGGUUCAGAGAAACAGAAAUCUACCAGACUGUCCUGAUGAGACAUGAAAAUAUUCUUGGAUUCAUUGCUGCAGAUAUCAAAGGUACAGGAUCUUGGACCCAGCUGUAUCUUAUCACUGACUACCAUGAGAAUGGCUCACUUUAUGAUUAUCUAAAAUCUACUACUUUGGACACAAAGGCCAUGCUGAAACUGGCUUACUCCUCUGUCAGUGGCUUGUGCCACCUGCACACUGAGAUCUUCAGCACUCAGGGCAAACCUGCUAUUGCCCACCGUGACCUAAAGAGUAAGAAUAUCCUGGUGAAAAAGAAUGGCACCUGCUGCAUAGCAGAUUUGGGCUUGGCUGUUAAAUUUAUCAGUGAUACAAAUGAGGUAGACAUCCCUCCAAAUACCCGUGUAGGAACAAAACGUUAUAUGCCUCCUGAGGUGCUGGAUGAAAGCUUGAAUAGAAAUCACUUUCAGUCCUACAUCAUGGCUGAUAUGUACAGUUUUGGACUCAUCCUUUGGGAGAUAGCAAGGAGAUGUGUUUCAGGAGGAAUAGUGGAGGAAUACCAGCUUCCAUACCACGACCUGGUGCCCAGCGACCCCUCGUACGAGGACAUGCGGGAGAUCGUGUGCAUCAAGAGACUGCGCCCCUCCUUUCCCAACAGAUGGAGCAGUGAUGAGUGCCUGCGGCAGAUGGGGAAGCUGAUGAUGGAGUGCUGGGCGCACAGCCCUGCCUCCCGCCUCACCGCCCUGCGCGUCAAGAAAACCCUCGCCAAAAUGUCAGAGUCCCAGGACAUCAAACUCUGACUCUGCCACGGGCAGCUCUCAUGGACUUCUUGUGCAGGCAGAAAUCCUGAAGAUUAUCACAACUCUUUGCUGAGUACCUUGAAUGGAGGAGUCGCUGAAGAGCAGCUGGGAGUUUUUGAGGAGACUAUCCAUUGCAAAAAUCACCUGAAUUUUGACACGCAAGAUUGAGGAGGCUUGUCUGCCCUUGUUUACAUGGGGAAAUACAGUUUUAGUAACUGGUUUAAGAUUAUGCAUGUUGCUUUCCAUGAAAGCCACUUAUUAUUUUAUUAUUAUUAUUGUUAUUAUUAUUAUUUUGAUUGUUUAAAAAGACACUGCUUUAAAUUUUAUGAAAAUAAAACUUUUGGGUUAGAAGUAAAAAAGAUGUAUAUUGUUACAUUAAAAAAAAAAUUGGAGGAAACUGCUGAAAAUGAAAGCAAAACAACUUUUUAAUUUCCAAAAAGAUUAUUGCACUCCUUCAUUAAAAAAAAAAAAAAAAAAAAAAAGGGGUGAGUGGGUCUGUGUAGCUCAGAGGAGCUGUAGUGGAGCCUGCCUUAAAAGUCACCUAUUUGUGGAGAUAACUUUGCAAACCCUGCACGUGCAAGUGAUUCUCACAGUACAGGGAUGGAGCCCAAUUACAUCCUUGCCAUUCCUGUUGGAGUGGGUGGCCUGAUUCCUGUGGGUGGCCUGUCCCAGGGAAGGUCAUGCUUCCUUUAAGGUACUUGGGAGCUGUAUGAAUAUGAUUUGGUGUGACUAGUUUAAAGAAGACCUUCAUGUUUCCAGGAAACCUGAUAGGGAUAGUACCACAGUGAUAAACAAGUGCCCUUUUUCUUGGCUUUUUUUUUUCCCUUCCUUUUCCCCCACUGCAAAAUAAAGUAUUUUGUGUGUGAGUGGAAAUGAAGUACACAUUUGAAUCUGGUGGGUAAUUUGAAACUGCUAGCACCCACAAACAACCACUGUUUAAGAGGAAAUUCCUUGUGAGAAGGAAUUAUUAACUUGUUCUUUCGUUUGUGUAAAAAAUGAGGGGGGAAAAAAAUAAAAAUCUGUGUUCUCUUUUUUAAGGGAAAGUGAAAAACCUCAGAAGUGCCCAUUUCUGGAGUGACAGCCAUUUUUCCUUGAGUGUGAGGAAGAGGAGUGUGGUGCCUUGAGGCUGUAGUAGGAAGUGACAGGGAGGGAGCGUGGGACUCAUGGGGUGGGUGGUGAGAGCUGGGAACCGUGGGCAGCACUGGGUACCUGCCUCAGCACUUCACACACAAACCAAACCAUUGGUUCAGGCUUUAUCUGCAUGACUAUUUUGGGUGGCAUUUCCAGCAGCCUCCACACCUUGGCAGCCACAGGCUCAUCUGCCAGGCUGGGGCUGUGUAGCACUGUGGUUCCCAGCAAGAGGAGCUGUCAGGGAGGAAGGCAGUGGGACAUGUAUUUUCUGUCUUUCCCUGUUCCUCCUUCCUGGGGCUGCAGCAGUUGGAGCAAUGCUAAUGCUACAGAAGGGGAAAUGAGAGGUGAAAUAUACCCUGGGAAGUGUUUUCUUUGGAAAGGUUCUGUUCUUUGUCGGAUUACCAGAGCUGAGCUGCAUGGGAGUUACUGGUUUACUCUUUUUUACCCUUCAUCUGUUUUUGAGAAUUUUCCUGCCUGCCUAUGUUGUCUUAUUAGAUGGUGUUCAGCUUAAUUUUGAAAUAAGUCCUUACAAAUGCUGCUUUGAUUAUGCUAAGCCUAUUUCAGAACUGAAAUAAUUGCCAUGCAGGAUUUAGCCUCAGCACUUCUGUAAUGUUUCUUUUUUUCUUGGCUUUUUUUUUU